GCCUCCCCCUCCUCCCCCCAACGAGCAAUGGCUGCGAGCCUGAGACUAUGGAGGUUGAAGCCCUCCCGGAUCCUCCGGUGCCCCGUUGCCUCCGGGUCCAGCAGCGGCGCCGCAGCUGGAUCGGGGCAGCAGCCACAGCUGGAGAAACUCACCAGCGCUCGGCAGCUGGAUGGCAUCAGACACGUUAUCUUGAAUAACCCUAAGAAAAGAAAUGCUCUGUCACUCUCUAUGCUGAAGUGUCUCCGCGAUGAUAUUCUGCACGAUAUCGAAAGCCAGGCUCUCAGAGUCAUCAUCAUUUCAGCGGAAGGACCUGUAUUUUCCGCUGGCCAUGAUUUAAAGGAAUUGUCUAGUGAACAGGACACGAAGCACCAUAUCGAAGUAUUUGAGACCUGCGCUGAGGUCAUGACUCUGCUCCAAAAACUCCCCGUACCAGUGAUUGCCAAGGUAAAUGGCUUGGCUACGGCAGCAGGCUGCCAGCUGGUGGCGAGCUGUGACAUUGCAGUAGCGAGUGAGAAAUCCAGGUUUGCUACACCUGGAGUCAACAUCGGGCUGUUCUGCUCCACACCAGCUGUGGCCGUGGGAAGAGCCCUUUCUAGAAAGGUUGCAUUAGAGAUGCUGUUCACAGGAGAGCCUAUUUCUGCCCACGAUGCAUUGCUGCAUGGACUUCUCAGCAGGGUGGUACCAGAAGACAAGCUGGAAGAGGAGACCAUGAAAAUUGCACGCAAGAUAUGUGAAACCAGCCGGUCUGUUGUGGCACUGGGGAAAGCCACCUUUUACAAACAGAUGGCACUGGACCUUGAUGCCGCCUACAGAAUGACCUCCCAGGUCAUGGUGGACAAUCUGGCCCUGAAAGAUGGACAGGAAGGAAUAGAGGCCUUUAUUCAGAAACGCAAGCCUACCUGGUCACAUCGCGUGAACACAGCUUGCAAAUGAGUACGCUCAGGCUUAGCUAACUCACACCAGUGUCUUCUCUGUGAAAGUCCCAGGGACUGUAUUUUUGGUGUUGCUGAAAACUAUAUUUCACUUCUGUAUUGUGUAGCCCUUGUGAGGAUGAUGGCCACUGGCAAUGGUGAUGAGGAAGGUAUGUUCAGCUCAGACUAUGGGCAAGUCCUCAGACAGUGUAAAUUGGCAUAGCGCUGGUAAAAGUCACUGGAACUAUGUUGGUUUACACCAGCUGAGGAUCUGGUCUUCUGCCAUUAAGAGGCAACAAUAUAGCACAGCUAUUGGACGGUAUGUCCAGGGUUCAGCAGGGAGAGUGCCUCUAAGCAAAGAUACUUUGUUCCUAACAGUGAAGUUCUAUGCUACUUUGUUUGCUUCCCCAGGCUUUGCAUAGUCAAUUAACGCAGUUGCUAAAUCUCGUGGAUUUCUUUCUUCCAAAUGUUAGGAUGGAGAAUGCUAUCCCCACUCUCCUUCUUUUUUCCCCAUCUGUAAAUAUUUGGCAAUGUUUGCCCCAUUUACCACAUACAUCGAUUUGCUAAAUUUACUAUUUUAGCUCUCCUAUUCCCCUUAUAGUUUAUAGUUCAUUUAUAUCAGGAGUGUGAUUUUCCAUGCAUAAUGCAUUUUCCAAUAGCUAUAUGUGGUAAUUUCUUUUAGGUCUUUUUCUCUUCAUUCUUUUGUACACAGUUCAAUCCUGUUGACAUGAGGCAUUUUUGGGGUUCUCCCUCCCACCCCCAUGUUGUCCACUGAAUUCCCAGCAUUCUGCAUAUAUUUGUUUAGGGUUUUCAUCUUCCCUGUUUCCUAUAACUUUUGCCCAAACGCUGAAGUUCAAUAACGUCAAUCUUAACGCUACAGGCACUUCACCAGCAGCUAUCUGCAUUAUACACAAUAGUGUUGUGAUGAAGGCACCACAUAUAAUGCAUAAUGUAUAAGCUUGGAUUGCGUCUAGCUUCCUUUAGAUUGUUUGCGAUGCUGAACUAAAUACUUGGCAUUGGUACUCAGUAUUUGGUCUUAUUAAUGCUCUAUAAUGCAUUACCAUUGCUUUCUUUUGUGCUUCUCGGGUGGGUCCAGAAAUACUUUAAAGUAAGUUGUUUACCUUUACAUUUAUCUACACUAUUUUCAAUAUGAUCCUUCCACGUUAGCUUCCUAUCAAAUGUCACAUCCAGGAAUUUAUAGCUUUUAACUAUACCUAUUUGCUGUCCAUACAGAGACAAAUAAAUAAUCUUUUUAAUUUU